AUGUCGCUCAGGGUGCCCUUAGUCAUUUGAUAGGAACACCUACAAAAAUCCAGGAAGUCGAUAUCAGCGGCCCUGGUGUUCCUACUGAUGAAUCAGCGGGUACUACACCAAUCGUUACCGGAGCUCCCUUGGAGCUCGAUUUCACCAAAAUUUUCCUUCGCCAGCCUGUCCAAGGCCGCGGUGAAGGCAGUAUUAUCUUCACUGAACAGGAGCUUGGGCUGUUUGCCAGUCAGGUCUGGCGCGGUGCCCAAUGA